GGCGCCACGUGGAGAGAGCAGGUGUUUUCAGAUAAGAGCUCAGGAGAUGGGGCACUCGGAAAAAUGCACCAACCUAACAACUUACUAUAAUACUGCUACUGCAACAUGUGAGCCGUGUAAAUUCAAACCAGGGCAUGACGUCAAUCCUAACUGUGGCCAUGCUGACGACGGAGGACGACAAGAAGUAGAGCACAGCAAAUGCGAAGCCAACUUUUUCAAUGACGGCAGCAGAGCUCUGUGUGUAGCGUGCACUUCAUGUCUGCCUGGAAGUAAAGUUAUCAGGACCUGUAACGCAACUACUGACACGGAGUGUGAAGAGCCGAGAGGCUUGACCACACAGGUUCCUGUCAAAAUUCCGGCAAACCAACACACUAACAUCAUACCAGAGAGGACAUAUCUUCCAACGACCUUCAGCCAAAUUCCAGCAGCUUCUAGUUCUGUUGUAAUAUGGGCCGUACCACUAACCAUCCUGAUUUGCAUCACACUUUCGUUGAUAUCUGCUUACAUCAUCUACAUGAAGCGAAACAAAGGUCGACGCCCAGUACUGCAUUUCAGCAAAAGGUCUUCAUUGGCUAAAGAAGGAUUCGCUCCCCUCUCUGCCACGGCCAGCAGCAACGACCUUCUCAGUCCUGACAUCCUGUCAGCACCUUUACAGACCGUGCUGAACAACCUGGAUGUUUUGGAGGAGUUGGUGAUUUUGCUAGAUCCGGAAAGUCAAUUAUUGAAAAACUCCAAGCACCUGGCAUCGCAGUGCUCCUUCCCCUCCACCUGGAUCACCUACACCUACUCCAUGAAGGACAGCAAGAGCCCCCUGAAGGCUGUGCUGGAGCGGGUCACCAGCAGCCACCCGGACUGGACAGUGGGACACCUUGCCAAGCUGCUCAGUCAAAUGGAACGCAAUGAUGCAAUCGCCGUUCUCGCCCAACUCCAACCGACCGAUUCUCCCGUGUAGUCUUCCUGCACUGGUGACUUCAGAGAUGCAGCCCCAUGCAAAAUGUAAACAUGACUUUGAGAUGAACACAUUUAAAUGUUAACUUUUACUCAAAAAGAAAAGGUGGCUUACUGAACUGAUGUACAACUAAUGGGAGUUGUGGGGCAACUUCCACUGCUCCGGUUCUGACAUUUGAUUUUGUCCUGAGUGAAAAAUGCCAAAUGACACAGAUUGGGCAGCGUCGAUACAAAGAUACUGUCUGACGGUAUCUUUGAAUGAAUCUCCACAGGUGCUUCCUCUGUGCAAGCUGAGCUGAUGACAAGAUUUUUUCUUUUUAAAUUCAAGAGAACUUUGACAUUUUUCUAAAAAUCUACUUUACCCACUUGUUUGUAACUUAAUAAUGAAAUACAAUAAUCAAUAUUACUCAAAAAAUCUCUAGAAUAUUCCAAUAAA